GAAAGCAUGGAUAAUAUGAGCACGUUUGUUAUCAGCAAAUUGUAAACUAAGUUUACAUUUGGCGUUCGUUGAAAGUUUAUACAUUUACUAACUAAAUCAAAAAUUAGAAACUUUUUAAUCAUACUACAAAUACAACUUUUGCCCCACCAUGGAGGAUGUUGAUGUAGAUAUUUCAACUGUGUUACCACAGAAGGAUGCUAAGUCCAAAAAGAAAUCUGGAGGAUUUCAAUCAAUGGGAUUAAGCCAGCCCAUUCUUCGAGCCAUAUUCAAAAAAGGGUACAAAGUUCCAACACCCAUUCAACGAAAGGCUAUACCUGUUGUGAUGCAAGGAAAAAAUGUAGUUGCAAUGGCUCGUACUGGAAGUGGGAAAACAGCUGCUUUUCUUGUGCCAAUGUUGGAGAAAUUGAAAUGUAGAGUUGGAAAAGCUGGAGCCCGUGCCUUGAUUUUUUCCCCUACUCGUGAAUUAGCCAUUCAAACUAUGAAAUUUGCAAAAGAAUUAGGUAUAAACACAGACCUGAAAACUGCAUUAAUAUUAGGAGGAGAAAAAAUGGAAGACCAAUUUGCUGCUAUUCAUGAAAGUCCUGACAUUAUAAUAGCGACUCCUGGACGGUUCUUACAUGUAGUUAUUGAAAUGGAUUUGAAACUGUCAUCAGUUGAAUAUGUUGUGUUUGAUGAAGCUGACAGACUUUUCGAAAUGGGUUUUCAAGAGCAACUUCAUGAAGUGUUACAUAGGCUGCCGUCAGAACGACAAACACUACUCUUCUCUGCUACAUUACCAAAAGUUUUAGUAGAGUUUGUCAAAGCAGGAGUCGAAGAUCCAAUUUUAAUCCGUUUGGACGUAGAUCUGCAGAUCAGUGAAAAUCUUAAGAGUUCAUAUUUUCUUUGUCGCAACGAUGACAAACCUGCUGUUUUACUUCAUUUACUAAAAAAUGUUAUAAAAUUGCCUGAAGAACUAACUGUUGUUUUUCUUGCUACUAAACAUCAUGUUGAAUACAUGAAGGAUAUUUUGGAGAAAGCCGAAAUUCCUUGCAGUUAUAUUUAUAGUAGCCUUGACCAAAUGGCACGGAAUAUUCACAUAGCAAAGUUUAGAAAUAAAAAAGUUGGUGUGUUACUGGUUACAGACAUAGCUGCUCGUGGAAUUGAUAUUCCUCUGUUAGAUAAUGUGAUAAAUUACAACUUUCCUGCAAAACCAAAACUGUAUGUUCACAGAGUGGGAAGAGUUGCUAGAGCAGGUAGAUCUGGGAAAGCGUUCUCCAUUAUAUCAGCUGAUGAAACUCCAUACCUUUUAGAUUUGCAUUUAUUUCUUGGAAAGCCUUUAAAAUUUGCUAAAUUUAACAUGGAAACUGAAGAUAGUGUAUGUGGAGCUGUGCCCCAAAAUAUUAUUGAUGAUGAAUCAGAAGUUUUACAUUGCUGGCACAAACUAUCUGUUGAUCUUUCAUCUAUGCAAAAAGUUACUGAAAAUGCUUACAAAAAGUACAUUAAAUCCAGACCUGCUCCAUCAAGUGAAUCUGUUAAAAGAAUGAAGGAAUUUUCAUUUUCAGCCGCGGAAAUACAUCCCCUUUUUAAAGAUGCAUCUGAGAAUGAGAAAAAUAAAAUCUUGGCUGAAAUGAAGAAUUAUAGGCCAAAUACAACCAUAUUUGAACUUGGACCUUUAGCAAAAACUCAAGCCAAUGUCAUUAUGCGAGAAAAGAGAAAGUCUCACUGUAACCGAGUGAAGACACAACCAAAAUCUGCAGCUGACAACCAGGAAACAUAUGUACCACUGCCACAUAAAGCCCUUGAAAAGGCUGAUGAAAAAGACUUAAUGGGCUUUACUCAACAUGUUACCAUAAAAGAAAAUAUGAAUCGAAAUAAAAAACAGAAGAAGAGUGAUUACAAAGAUACUGAACAUUAUUUAUCUUAUGUGUCUACAGAACAUUAUAAAGAAAAAGGAUUGGGUUUGGAAUCAAGUUUCGCACAUCAAGCUGCUGGAGCUGUAUUAGAUUUUACUAAAGAUGAUGAUGAGAGUGUUCGUAAGAAUAAAAAUGUAAAAUAUUGGGAUCGUAAGAAAAAGAAGUUCAUUCAAGCUGAGCAUGAAGGUGCUAAGAAAAUGAAAACAGAGAGUGGUGUGUGGAUUCCCAAAAGCUACAAAUCUGACCUCUAUAAAAAAUGGCAGGAAAAGAAUAAAAUUAAAUACCAACAUAAUAAUGAUGAAAGUGAUGAAGAAAGUCAGUUUGGAAAGAACAGAAUAAUGCAGCCAAAAGGAAAAAGAGGAAGGAAUAAAGAUCAAUCUGGAAAGCCAUUAAGGAGAGAAAUGAAAACAAAAGAAGAAAUACUGAAAACACGAACCAGAAAAGAGCGCUUGAUGAAUCACCAGAAAGAAAAACAUAAGUCAAGAACAAAGAGAAAGAAUAUGAGAAAGAAGUAGAAAUACUUCAUAUGUAAAAAAGUAUAUCUUGUGAAUAAAUAAAGAUUUUUAUUAUACUGA